GGGCGGCCUGAGGGCGGUGCGUGGGCGGUGCCGCCCAGGCGGCGGGGACAAGAUGGCGGCGCCGCGGAGGACGCGUGAGGAGAAGGAUGAGGAGGGAGCGGCUGCGGAGGGUUCGCUGGAGGCGAAGCGGCCCCGCGGGCAGCGGCGGCUCCUGGUGGUGCUGGAGGGGGCGAGCCUGGAGACAGUGAAGGUGGGGAAGACGUUCGAGCUCCUCAACUGCGACAAGCACAAGGCGCUGCUGCUGCGGAACGGCCGGGACCCCGCGGAGGUGCGGCCGGACAUCACCCACCAGAGCCUCCUGAUGCUCAUGGACAGCCCGCUGAAUCGGGCUGGGCUCCUGCAGGUUUACAUCCAUACCCAGAAGAAUGUUCUAAUCGAAGUCAAUCCCCAAACCAGAAUCCCGAGAACUUUUGAUCGGUUCUGUGGUCUUAUGGUUCAGUUGCUGCACAAGCUCAGCGUUCGAGCAGCCGAUGGGCCUCAGAAGCUGUUGAAGGUGAUUAAAAACCCAGUGAGUGACCAUCUCCCUGUGGGCUGUUUGAAGUUAGGUACCUCUUUUGCAGUCCCAAAGGUGUCAGAUCUGCGUGAACUGGUUCCUAUAGCAGAGCCAGUUGCCAUUGUUGUGGGAGCUUUUGCCCACGGCUCGGUCAAUGUUGACUAUACAGAAAAGAUGGUUUCCAUCAGCAACUACCCCCUCUCUGCUGCCCUGACGUGUGCUAAAAUUACCACUGCCUUUGAGGAAGUCUGGGGAGUAGUAUGAGUUUCUGCUGCUGCUGUGGUGGACUUCUGUGCAGUGACUCCAUAUUCUGGAAGGGCUCUUUCACUUAGGGGAGGACCUGGUGCAACUUUGGGCUCCUGGAAGGGAAAAGGCAUCAAUUUCUCCUUGUAGCUUCUGGAGCAAUGAGACUGAACGGACUGCCCCACUCACCCUUUUUCCUCCUAUUAAAGGCCAUUUUUGAUAA